ACUCCGAGCAACACAAUCCAAACAAUAUGGAGGAUUGGUUUUAAUUUGAGAAAUGGAAUGGAUUUGACUUGAAGUGUUUUCAUGAUUUGAAUAAUUAAAACCUUUAAACAUGGAUAGAGACGUUGCAGGGAUCCGUAUUAGCCCCGCGAAUGUUGCAUUUCACGAUACAACCCUGGAUAGUGUCGAACAGUUGAAUGUGACUGUGUACAAUAUCAGUAAAUCGAGUAAAAGCAUAAGAUAUUAUGCGCCAAAAACAAAGAAAUUCAAACUCAAAGUAAAAAAUCCAGACAAGCCAGUGGCCCCUGGAUUAUGCGUGCCUGCAAUUAUUGAGUAUACAAACACUGAGGAUGGUGAGUUCAAGGACAGAGUCGUGGUGACUGUGGACGGAGAGGUGGUGGAAAUCCCCAUCAUAGCGUACCCUACAAAACCAAUGCUAGAAAUUGAACAGACAGUUGAUUUUGGCAAUGUUGUAGCUAACAGUAAAACUAUUGCAAGGGAGAUAAGUCUUGUGAACCAUGGCUCCAAAUCGGGAGAGUUCAAGAUCAAGUAUGCUGGAAAUCAGCCAAUAGCCAUCAUGCCAACAAGUGGGACUGUCCCACCCAAAAGUGUGCAGCUCAUUAAAGUGGAGUUUGUGACAAAACAACCAGGAAAGAUUGAAGAAAUUGUGAAAGUGAAGCUGGAAGGUGAAGGCUCCAAGGUGAUCCAUGUGCGUGCAAACCUUGUGAAGCAAGCUCUGCAGGUGCUCUCCCUUGAGAGUGAGGAACCAAUCAGCUGCAUACAGUUCGGCCACACGUACUAUGGCUCUGACAAGACCGAGUGUGCUGUACUCUGUAACAACGGGCCGGAACCGGUCAACUUUGUAGCCAUUCUGGAUGAAGAUGCUAUUGCCCAAGAAAUGGGUAUUGACCUGACAAAGAACACUCUGGCUGCACUGGCUGAUCAAGGGGACACAACUCAGGUGCCGGGAGAGACCAAUGACAUUACCUCCCUUGUCACUGCAAUCCCCAAUCAAGGAAUUCUACAGCCCUAUGAGAGGAUACCUGUUUUCUUCCGGUUUAGUCCCAGGUGGAAUGCAUCCAAGGCAGGUUUUAAGAACAAGGAGGGUCCACCGCCCAGGAAGGACUUUGCUCUCUUUCUGAAACUGCAGAUCAUUGGCUCCAGUGAGGCAGACGGCAUGUCAGAAGACAAGAGUAUCGAGGUAGCGCUGACAGGUACCGCCCUGCCCGUUCUUCUUGACAUCUCCCCGGCAACCAAGUACGACUUUGGGGAGGUCCCAGUGGGGGAACAUGCGGACAUACUCUGCACUCUGAAGAACAGCUCCGACGUGCUGCCAGUAACGUACCAGUUCCGACGGAUUGCUCACUUUAUUGCUCAUCCACCGAAUGGCAAGAUUCAGCCACUUGCAACACAAGAUGUCAUCUUCUCCUUCGCACCUAACCAAGCUGGAUUCUUCAAGCCUCAGCAGCUGAUAGAUGUGAUUGGUCACGUGGCUGACAAUCGCAACCCAACCCUCGCCCACCUGCAGAUCAUCCACACCCUGCCGAUACACUUCCUGGGGCGCAGUGACCCUAUCACCAAGCACAGACAGCCCAAAUAUAACCCAGGCCUGACCCCGUAUAUCAGUAAUGAGGUGGGCAUGUUUGUGGACACGACCUUCGCGUCUCUCAAGGACAAGCCCCGCAACGCCGUGGCAGGCGGGAAGGCCACCAAGCUGCACCGCCUGGCCUCCUCUGUCAACGAGGACGAUCUUACAUCCAAGGUGGCGUUCCCCAAUGAUCGUGCCCAUAGCAUCAGGCCUAGCGAUAGGCACGAGUCGUACAAGACGAUAUUCACGCGUACAAAGCGUCACACGUAUGUGGACCCUGACUACGCCCACAUUGACGAUGAGGAGGUGAAAAAAUGGAAGCAUCGGGACAGCUACAUGCAGCUCAUACGGGAGAUGAAGGAACGACGACUCAACAAGAAGAAGGCCAUUGAGUUCAAUGAGACUAACACAGAGAUGGACAUCGGCAUCAAACCUGCCAAGGGCAUCCGACCCAAGAAACUGCUCCUGGAAGAAAUCCAGCCAGAUCCAAGACCCCCUACGCCUCCAAAUGCGGACUACAAGCUGCUCAGCAGCAAGACGCUGUCUGCUAGCAUGGGUCAUGUGACCAGCAAGCGUGUGCGAGACGGCCUCAACGCUGUGCCCACCACGCCACAGGAGAAGAUAGACUGCGGGAAGUUCCUCACUCCACAGGAGCAGCACCAAGUCGUCAUUGGCCCCUCAAUCCUGGACUUUGGCCAGGUGUGUCUGCGCUCGAUAACCACCAAGAACCUGGAGAUUGUGAACAACUUGGACCAGAAUGUGCUUGUAGUGGCCGAGAUUGACUGCCGGGAGCUGCGCCAGAGCAGCCCCCUCUCUCAGGUGGUGCCCCCCAAGUCUAAGGCCUUCAUCCCCAUCAUCUUUGAGUCCAACCAGAAACAGAAGUUCCAAAGGUCAGUGUCCUACACUGUUAAUAACUUCCACAAGCACCAUGUGACUGUACUGGCGGAGGUGGUGCCUGUAGCCCUUGAACUGUCCACAGAGGAGCUUGUGCUGAAACCUUCCUUUGGAUUGCCUUCUGAUGCAGACGUUCAUUUGUGUGGUUUCCGUGGCAUCAUUACCCUGUACAACAAGCUGAACUACCAGGCAGAGUUUACGUGGGCCCCUAACCUGGGAGAGAAGGGGACUGCGUUCUCCAUCCGGCCUGCCACAGGGGUUGUGGACCCCUUUAAGGACCUGGACUGCGAGGUAGUGUGGCACCCCUCGUACCUGGCCCCCGAGGACGGCUCCUUCUCUCUCAUGAUCCACAGCGGGAACACACUGCAACUCAAGUGCCGGGCUGAGCUGGGUCCGACCCAUGUCCAGUUUGUGGAGAGGCGUAUCAUGUUUGGUCAGGUGCCUGUCAAUCUGUGCACGACCCGCACUGUGCUGUUGGCCAACACAGGACAUAACCACGCAUACUUUCAGGUGAAUGAUCCCAACCCAUUCCCGGGUCUACAAGUGAGUCCCAUACAUGGGGUGGUGCCGGUUGGAGGUAAUGCUGAGCUGCAGGUAAAGCUGACGCCAGACGCCAUCCUAAAGUUUGACACGCGUGUCCAGGUUGCGAUCAAGGGAGGCAAAAACCUGGAGCUCCGUAUGGGAGGGACUGUGGAGCCACCUACUGUUGACAUAGACCUGCCCUCAUUCAAUUUUGGAGGGGUGUUUUGUGGUUCAGGGUCAACACUUCCAUUCAAAAUGACCAACAAGAUGACCACAAAAGCAAAACUGGAGUUUGACCUGUCCAGAUACAAGGACUUUACCCUCAACUUCCCAGGAUUCCAGACUCAAGAGGACUACACGUUCCAGGUGUUGAACCCGGGCAUGUUCUCUGUGACCUUGAACCCUGAGGAGGUCGUAGAGGGGGAGCUGAUCUUCAUGCCAACAGAGGUGGCAGCCUAUGACUUCACACUGCCUGUGAUCAUCAACCACACAGGGGCCCCCUCCCCGGCCCCUACCCCCUUCCCACCGACCCCGGCCCCCUCAAACAAGAACUCCCUGCAGCACAUCAUCAACCCCAAGCCCCAGCCCUUCACCGUGGAUACCCCAAGGAAGCAUGUGAUUGCAACGGCCCUACGCCAGCCCCUACAACUCUCAACUAACAAGAUAGAGUUGUUCGCCCCUGCCAGCUUCCAUGAUGUCUCCAUACAGUCCGGUCAGAUGCAGUCUAAGGGUACCAUCUUUGUCAACAACAGUGACAAAGAACUGCAAUGGGCCAUCGACCUGCGUAUCAACAACAAGACGAUGGAUGACGGGGUGUUCAAAUUCAUCCACCCCUCUGGGGCCCCAUUCACGGACCCUACAGGGGAGAACAAGGGGUACAUUGAGGGGUCUCUGAAACCAGGAGAGACCCAGCAGGUGGCAGUCAUGUUCUGUCCAAAGGUGCCCGGUCGGUAUGAGAGCCUGUACAAGAUUAUCCUCAACGAGAACUUUGAGAAGCCCUAUCAGUACCUGCAGGUGAUUGCCGAGUACAAGGCUCCCCGCCUCUGGUUUGAUCCCCUCGCUAUUGUACUCACCCCCGUACCCCUACUGACGGAGGUCAGCGCGGAGUUCACACUGUUUGCUGCACAGUUCAGAGAAGCCACUAAGAUUCAGGUUGAGUUACCUGAAGUGGAGUGUGAGGAUGGCAGCAAACUUUCACCUCUCAAGGUCACAUUUCCAGAAGGUCAAGUUGUGAAGCCCUGCUGCGGAGAUGAGGGUCAGAUAGAGCCAUUCAGUCUGCCAGUCAAGGUCACCUUCUCCAGCUCGCGCCCGGUCUCGUUCGCGCAGAACGUUCAGUUCUCUUUCCCGGACUGCAGUCGCCCGUUCAGCCUCAUGGUGACCGCCACCGCUGACAACUGCCUUAUGACGUGCUAUCCCUUCCUGGCCCUGCACCGCACGGACCAUCAGAUUGUGUGCGAACAGGGUUCCUCACCCAAGGGUCACAAGACAGUGUCCAAGGAGAGCCUGAACAACACAGGCGAGGCGGUGUUUAUCCCAUGCCAGACGCCCAACAUGAACUCCCGCCCCAGCACCAGUGCCACCAGCUCCAACUUCCAGAUCUCCUCGUCCAGCUACGAGUCCUCCACUAGCGCCUCAGACUCAACAGGCAGCUCGCCAGACAACCGUGACGGGGCCAAGAACAAGCCUCCUUCAGGCUCUGAUCACCAUGUCAUGUCGCGCCAGAACGACCUCGCGUCGCGCUCACUGGGCUCGGCCAUGUUUCCUGAUGAGGACUCAGAGGAAGGCAUCUUCCACAUGGAGGUGCUGCUGGCGGUACAGCGCUGGUUCUCGGCGCAGGGCUGGCCCGGCGGGCCCUUCCCCAUCAGCAUACCUGUCUCUCUGAGGAUGUGUAUAUGUGGCACAAAAGAAGGGAGAGGCAUCAGCCGCAAGCCAAUCGAUGAAGAGAAGGGCUCUAAGUCGGGCAGCUGGGACACCAACAACCUGAAGAAGGAGUUCAAGACAAUAUACGACAUGAUAAGCAACCUGGCUGGGCGACCCGUGCCCGGUAUCCCCAUCAAUGGACACCUGCCGUCUGACCCCAUUGAGAGGGUCAAGCAGGUCUUCUGGCAACACUCUACCCUCCUCACCUUUCUCAAAUGCCAGGGUGCGUGCCUGGCUUCGAUAAAGCCUGAGUACCUGAUGGACGUGCGAGACUACCACCUGUGGAAGCAGAUGCAGAGCGAGCUGAGACUCUCGCCCGAGAACAACGGCUUCUUUGAGGAGAUCGGGAAGGUGACCACGGAGGAAGAGCUGGAGGACGACGUGUUUGAGGCCGUGUCCAAGCGUGCCUGGACAGACAUACUGUUGCAGAUACUCAAGACGUUAGUGCUGGCAAAGAUCACACCCCGGACCCUCAAGCACAUGGCGUCACCCGACCGGACCGUGAGCAUGCCCGAUGUGAACCCGGACCCUCUCAGCUCCAACAUCUACAAUGUGGGGGAGAGGAUCAUACUGACGUGGCUCAACCACCACUAUGAGCACUACAGGAAGACUGUCUGGCAGAACUGUGACAAAGGUGGUGUGCCCCCAUCUCGCUGGAUCGUCAACUAUGACUUUGACCUGCUGGACGGACUUGUGCUGGGCGCGGUUAUCGGCGCUCAUAUGCCCUUCCUGAUCCGGACCCACCUCCAGGACAUGUACACACAUCCGGCCACAGCUGAGCAGUGCCUGCACAAUGCCCUGAAGGUAGUGAACGCGAUGCGGUUUGCUGGCAUUGACUAUGACAUCCAGGCCAUCGACAUCACAGACCCGAACCCUAUUGCCCUUCUGUUGCUGUGUGCUCACCUGUACCAGCGUCUACCCCAGUACCUGCCCAAGGCCACUGUUGAGUUCUCUGGUCCCUUGCAUAACACCGUCUCUAGACAGGUAAAGCUGAGCAACCCCAGUGGUAAGUCCCUUGUGUACCAGGUAUUGCUAGCAGGCCACGAUGCACGAGAUUUCAGAGUUCCCAAGGGCGAGUUUGUCACAAUACCGCCAAAAUCUAAUCUGCCGCUGAACGUGGAGUUCACAAGCCGCUUUCUGCGACCUUCCGAAGCUAUCCUGGUUCUGAUUGGGCGACGCCAGGGGUCAGCUGUGGGAUCAACCUUGACCUUUAAUCUCCGGACCCAAGUGGAAAAUAUAGCGCCAAAGAAAUUUAGAGACCCAGAGAAAGUCAUCCAGUGUGAAUCACCCUGCUAUGAGCUGGAGAAAAUCAACAUUGAUGUGACCAACCCUUUUGCUGAGGCCGGGGAAUUCCGGAUCGUCUUGGUCGAGGCUAGCGGGGCGCUUCUUGAUCCAGGCAAACAGGCGGCCAUCUUGAAACGGCGGGAACGCAGGAAGAAGCGUGUUAAGUCGAAGAUCGACUCGGGAAUUGUGAGGCCCGAGACACCCCCAUCACCGCCACCAAAGAUUGCGGACACGCUGCAGAUGCAGAGAGAUGAUGAUGAGAACCAGAUGAGUGCAUUCUACAGCCCGGUGUCGAGUGUGUACCUGGAUGUGGCCGCCAGUACCACCGUGGAGAUCCACUUCCUGCCAUUCAACGUCGGGGAGCGCCAGUGCUCCGUGAUCUUCCUCAAUGAGGCUGUCGGGGAGUUUCUGUACAGCAUUGAGGCUCGGGCCACACUGCCACUGCCUGACAUCGUGCCCUUCGUGAAGACAGCGCACAGCGUGAGGAUCAGUAGCGCCGCUGCCGCAGGUACAGGGAAGGGUCUGUUUGGGGGAGAUGAGCGUGUCGUGUACUGGAAGUGUGAGGCGGGUCAGGAACUGCAGGAAAACCUCACCGUACCCUACAACAACAACAGUCGUGAGCGCGCACUGAUGUUAGCAUCACAGCAGCGUAUGUCGAACGUCGAGUUGUCACGACGCAUGGCCACGGGAACACUGCACAGUAGCAUCGUAGCCGCACAAACCAUCACCAAGCUCUCUAGCGAUCCCAUGACCGCCAUCAAACAGGCGCAAGAGAGACGUCCCCAGGGUCAGACGUACACCAUUGAGGUGGACUCACACCAAUACAAGCUCCCUGAGAAACUCUACAUCCCUCCGUCUGGGGACCGCAGUCGCAGUGCUCCUGUAGGCAAGAACGUCUACGUUGCAUCCCCGAACCGUCACGGUCGUCUGGACAUUCCCGUGCGGUUCCUGGCGGAGGAGCCCGGUCACUACCCGUGUCAGAUCAUCCUGCGAGGACCGGACGACGUGCGAGUCUUCCGUAUCGAGUGCACCGUCAACCCGGAGGGCAGCACCGCCGAGCUGGCGUUCUCAGCACCUGUGCACCAGAAUGUCACACAGGAAAUACCUCUAGUAAACAUGACAACCAGUGACUGGCCCCUGAAGGCUACCAUCACAGGUACAGGGUUCCACGGGCCCCGCUCCAUCCUGGCCAAGGCCUUCCAAACCACAAAGUAUCCGCUCGUGUUCCGACCUCAGAACGAGAUUCCUGUUAAUGGCAAGCUGGUGUUGUUGAACACCGAGGAUGGCACAGAACACGUGUUCCAGCUCAGUGGGACGGCAGAGAAACCCCUCGCCCUUGAACACAUCGUGCUCAAGUCACAGGUCCACAAAGCUUUAACCUAUGACCUGAAGAUACCAAAUGUGACGCACAAGAAGUUGUGCUACAGAGUGGAAUCUGACCUCCCCAUUGUCACGGGUGACCAAUCAGUGACUGUGUUGGCUGGCAAGCAGGUCAUGUAUCGUAUAAAUAUAGCGCCUGUGAGACGUGGGGUCUUCAAUGGAGUCAUAGCCUUCAUCGCCGGCAAGAACCCUGUCGUUGAGGUUGACAGUGACGGUGAUGAGAUGCCAGACGAGGACGAUGAGACGCGUCAAUUCUAUGGUUACCGCGUCUGGUACUCUCUGGAGAUCCAUGUGAAACCAGGGGCGCCAGAACGCAUCAUCGAGGUGACAUGCGCAUGCCAGAAACGUCAGCUCCUGGAGGUGAUUGUGCGUAACCCCACACAGGAUGACAUCACGUUGGAGGCAACCAUCGAGGGACGCCACCUUGCGGGACCUUCGUCUAUUACACUGCCAGCGGGCUCAAAGGAUGUGUACACUCUGCAGUAUGCCCCUGCUGUGAUUGGUCAGACUAAAGGAAGUCUGAUAUUCUACCAUGACCUGGUGGGUGAGUUCUGGUACAUGCUGAAGCUGUCAGCUGAGUCUCCUUCCCAGACAACCCUUCCCCACCUGGAGUGUGAGCUCGGCAGAUGGACCAAACAGAACAUCCACCUGGACAACCCGACAGAUGAGACCCUGGAGCUGGUCCCCAGCCUGUCAAACACCAACAACUUCUCCCUUGAGAGGGACAACGAGCGGCCCCUUGUGCUGGCCCCACACUCCAAGAUGGAGGUGCCCCUCCACUUUAUGCCCUCCACCCUUGGAGAGGGGGACCACUUCGCCAAGAUCACCUUCCUUAGUGAACAGCUUGGAGAGUGGGUGUUUGUGGCGUCAGGUACCGGCCUGCUGCCCCAGACCCAGGACCCAGUGAGUGUGUUCACGGUGGCAGGCUCCAACACGACCCUCAUCAUCCCCUUCAGGAACCCCAUGGACAGCCCUGUACUCUGUGAGGUCAUGCUUAGAGACAAGAACACCACCCUGGAGGAGGUGAUGAACGGUGUGACGGACGCAGACACUGAAUCCCCGUUCUGCCUGUUGCUCAAACGCAAGGCUGGGAUCCGUGUGGGCCCCAAGUCAACACUGGACAUCCCUGUGUGCUUUGCACCAACUGAGAUGAAGAUGUUUGAGGCGGUGUGCACGGUGGUUGUGACACGGGAGGACGGGGGCCGGUGGGCGUACGCUCCCAGGGACAGCCAGGGAUACCAGCUGUCCCGUACAGGCAGUGAAGGGAUCCGAGAGGUCCGCUGGGUGUUCCCCAUACAGGGCAUCCCCGAGUCCCAACCAAUCAAGGAGUCCUAUGGUGCGGUCAUCGAGUGCCAGGCCCGAGACCGCCUAGAGGAGAGGCUAGAGGUCACGCUGGCAGGGGUUGCCCCGGUGACCUCGCGGCCCAUGAAGUCUAUCUACGCGAGAUCUGUCACACCAAAGAAUGAGUCGCCAAAACUUCCUGAUGGAAUCGUGGUUGGAGAAACCCUGGCCACAGCUGAAGAGUUCCUCUAUGACCUGGCGUACAAGGACAGCAACGCCCGGGAGGACCUCCAGAACUGUGUGGCUCUCAAGCUGGUACGCCAGCACCGAGACUCCACCUCGGGACUCGUGGUCCUGGUCUUCAACGUCAUCUUCAACCCCUUUAGGACCAUGGAUCACGGUGUGACCCUGGAGGUGAAGGCGUCCCAGGGCGGGGUCUGGAAGUUCCCCAUCAGGUUCCUGGCCCUGGAGCCGCCUGUGGACGACGUGCUGGAUAUCGAGGCCACGGGGCUCGACCAGGCCUCCUUCGUGGGCUUCAGGCUCACCAGUCAAACCAAGUAUCCGAUGGCGUACAGUGCAUACUUCACUGCGGGUAGUGACCCUGAAUUCUCCGUGGCCCCUGCUAGUGGGGAGUUACUUCCCUUGGGCAGCAGCGGCACGCUGAUCCGCAUAAGCUUCUGUCCGGCAGUGUACGGCAAGAUCUACACAGGAAAACUGGUUGUCCAGACCCCAGAGAUGCAGUGGAGCUACAAUGUGCGAGGAGUGUUGCCGGAAUAUGCCCCACCCCGGGGAAUCUCCUCCCGCCCUAUGAAGGGACCCCACCCCGACCCCCGGAUGAGAAGGGAGAGAACCAACUACAUACUGGACAAUAUCAGGCUCAAGACCACAGCAGUCAGCUCUCCUAUUAAAGGGGCUCCCAUUUUGCACAGGGUGAAAAUGGCGUGAGGCGAAUAAAUGACUUUUGUAAAAAAAUGAGAACAGCUGUUUCACUGCGUUUUGUUUGAAGUAUAUUUAUAUGGCAUAGUAUUAUGUAACCAUGCAUUUGAAACCUGUGAUUAAAAUGUUUUUUUUUUAUGUAUUUAAUAUUUUUGUUUGUUGAAUUUUAAAUGAUGCUAUUAUUUGGUUAUGAAUAAUAUAUUUGUCAUUAAAUUCAAUAAUUAUAAUAUUAAAAUUAAAUCCAUUCAGAUACUUUAUGUUAUUGUGCUGUCUUUUGGAAAAAAAAUGAAUGUGAUGAGAGAACGUUUUGAUGAAAGAAAAAGCAUAACCAUUUUAUGAAAUGUCAAAAUAUGAAUGUAUUAACUAUUUAGCUCUUUUCGGAUCAUUGAAAGCCAAAAGUAUGCAUUGCAAUCUGUGAAGCUUGUGUUAUUGAAUGCGCAAAAUGAGCCGUUCUGUGUAUUAGCGUGCAAGGUUUGUGUGAAGUAGGGAAAGGUUCUUACACUUUGGUACAAGAUUGUAAUUUUAAGCAGAUUGCCGUAAAAUUGAUAUUUAGAUUGUGUGAGAAUUUGUUGUUUGUCAGUAAAGGGCCCACCAUGCCAUGAUACCAAAUAUUUUUUCCUAAAGACAACCCAAUGUCAACAACAAUGGCAACUCUGCUUCAGUGAUAGAAAUCUAUGAAGUGACACAAAUUAUGAUGAUAAGUGUAACAUUUGCUUGGAUUGGUUGGUUUUCUAUUUACUUGGGUGUUAAAAUAACAACUUGGAUACCAUGUGUAUUUUUAUGUAUGUUUGUUAUUAUGUGCUGUUAUUGUUUAACAGUAUUUUAUCAGUCUGUGAUACAUAGUGUGACUUCUGCAACAUGUAUAUUUUAUGUAUUGACAUACCUAUUAUUUGUUACUUUGGUAUGAACAAAUUUACGUAUUCAUUUAUUUAAAGCACUCUUUGUUUCUACUUCUAUUACAUGACAUUGUGUUUGGAAACAGAUGCUAUCAGAAAUACAAAUAAGCCGCACUCUGUGAACAUCAGACGUAAUGCAUGUUUGUAAAGUAUCAUCCAUAGAAGCUAAAAGUGUUGUUUGAACUAAGCCCGUGCAGACUGCACAGGCUAAUCUUCAAGGAUACUUCACCCAUAUGCAUUAAUCCCGGGUUUUCCCAGAGAUGGCUCAAAUGCUUACUAAACUGUUGUAUAUUUUUUAUAAAAGGUGUUUACUUUGAACGUGUAUAGCUGUUGUGGGGUUCUUUUCUGAAAAGUUUCUUCUGUGCAAAACAUUACUAGAAAAUGACUUGUACUUUAAAAAUAAACAUUUAUUGACACACCAUUGUUUUUUAUGACUAAUACCAUCCUUGUCUAUAGUCCUUGGUUAAAACCAAUCAACAAAAGAUGUCUUGAUAAUUCUGUUUUCAAAUAAUUGUAAUACAUUAUUAUCACAAUUCUUUGUACAGGUUUUAUACAGUUUGUCAAUGUACUUGUGUACUUUAAUAAGGACGCAAUAACUCCUUCCUUUAUGGAAAACAGUGUGUGUUACUCUUUAUUAUAUGUCUGUUUUCUACCAACAAUGACUGUUAUUCAAGAUGCCAUCAUUAGAAGCUGUGUUUACUAAUGGCAUCAUCAGUUUCUGCAUAUCGCUUAUAAUAGAAAAACUGAGAUGUCAAUACAAACAUUCGGCUGACUUGAGAACUUUCAUGUCAGUUGGCAAAAAGAAUAUUUGACAUGACAUCAAUUGUUGAUGACAUGUUAUUUUAAUGUGGAAAAGAUAUACUGUACAUCUAUAAUAAAUGUAAUGUAACACUU